AUGAAGCGUCCUCGUGUGGAGUUCGUUCUUUCAGACCCGCAAGGGUCGUCUGCAAUCUACAAGACAGACGACAUUAUUGACGGCGAAAUCUUGUUUACACCGCAUCGACAAGUUAAAGUGGAGAACGUAACCAUUUCAUUACAAGGAAUCAUGAGAAUGGAAGUCGAGAACAUGUACACUCACAUUCCUGUAUCGACAAACGUCCUUGAAAAACCAUUCCUUCGGAUGGACUUUCCAGUUUUCGACGGUCUUUUUGACACAAUCCUUGAGUCAGGGAAAAUGCAUCAUAUACCAUUCAAAUUUGUCGUUCCUCAACAGCUGCCAGUCCAAGUGUGUCAUCACGAAUGCGCCAAUUUCCAAAUCCAGCAGGAACACCUCCAACUACCUGCGAGUCUAGGAACUGUCUCUCGAUUAUUGAAUGCCGGCGAUGAUAUGGCACCUAAGACGUCCCAAAUCAACUACUACAUUAAGUUCGAAGUAUGGGAUAGCGAUGCUUUGAAGGGAUGCCAAGCAAAAAAGACACAAGAAGCGCUCUGCCCUGUUUACAUCCUUCCCACUCGACAAGAAAGCGCCCCGCUUCUCACUUCACACAGCAAAUAUUAUAAACUACAAACGGAAAAAAAUCUGGGCAGAGGUAUACUUAGCUCGAGUAUAGGUGCCCUAAUCGCAUCGGUAGCCCAACCGCCUGCGAUCCAGCUGCACAACCUCCAACCAGAAGACGCAUCGAUUCCACUCAAGUUCAACUUGCGGUUUGAGCCAACACACGAAGGCCAAUUGCCACCAAACCAUCUAUCAACUCAGUUCAAACUCAAAGCAUUUACUUUCUACGGAGUAGAGCCUUCGCACAAAUUCCCCGAUCUUAAGAAUGAUUCCACCAUGGGCCCUCAGCAGGCGCUCUGGUCAGAUACUGUGCCGUUAUCUUCAAAGGAGAUAGAUCUAGAAUGGUCAUAUCAGAUCGAUCAAGGUCGCGUGAUCUAUACUACAUCUGUUGACCUCGUGGCAGCAUUAGCGAAUAAUCGCAUCUAUCCGCCGACUUUUCAUUCUUGCUUCAUAUCACGGGUUUAUGUGUUGAAAGCGGCUCUUUUCUUUCGUAUGCAUGGGAAAACUAGCAGGGGUGCCAAUCUCUCCUUGGCUGCACCACUGCAGAUAUGUGCAUCAUGA